AGUUCCCAUACUUUUUUCGGUUCUCUCUUUCUUCCGGUUGUCGCGCUAUAUGCUGGCAGACGUUGUGAUUGAAGAUGGCAAAGUCUAAGAACCACACCACGCACAAUCAGUCCCGUAAGUGGCACAGGAACGGCAUUAAGAAACCUCGCUCUCAUCGCUACGAGUCCCUAAAGGGGGUUGAUCCAAAGUUCUUGAGGAAUAUGCGUUUUGCUAAGAAGCACAACAAAAAGGGGCUGAAGACCAUUGCAAAAAAGGAGGCUGCCAAAUAGAGAAUUAGCGAUAUUGCAAAAGGACUUUAUCAUCCACAAUAAAGCCAUGCUUUGGUAAUUGAAAA